CGCAGGUCUCGGCUCAGAGCCGCCGCGCCCGGCACGGUGCUCUGCGCUCCCGCGCCGACCCUCGGAGCCCGAGCCGCCCGCCCGCCCGCGGCCCCCGACCGACUCCCGCCGGCGCCCGCCACCCCCCGCCGCCCGGGGCGCGCCGCCACCAUGGGGCCCCGGCUCGGCGUCUGGCUGCUGCUGCUGCCCGCCGCCCUCCUGCUCCACGAGGAGCAGAGCCGGGCCGCCGCGAAGAGCGGUUGUGCUGGCUCCGGCUGCGGCGGUUGUGAUUGCCAAGGAGUGAAGGGACAAAAGGGAGAAAGAGGCCUCCCGGGACUGCAAGGCGUCAUUGGGUUUCCAGGAAUGCAGGGACCCGAGGGGCCCCACGGACCGCCGGGACAGAAGGGUGACGCCGGAGAACCAGGACUUCCGGGCACGAAAGGGACGAGGGGGCCGCCAGGAGCAUCCGGCUACCCUGGAAACCCGGGACUUCCUGGUAUUCCCGGCCAAGAUGGUCCCCCAGGUCCCCCAGGGAUCCCAGGAUGCAACGGGACAAAGGGAGAGAGGGGGCCGAUGGGGCCUCCCGGCCUGCCAGGCUUCAGCGGCAAUCCCGGACCACCCGGGUUGCCAGGCAUGAAGGGAGAUCCAGGUGAAAUACUUGGCCACGUGCCGGGCAUGCUGUUGAAGGGAGAGCGAGGAUUCCCCGGCCCUCCAGGGAUGCCCGGCUCGCCUGGACUUCCAGGCCUUCAGGGACCCGUCGGCCCUCCAGGAUUUACCGGACCACCCGGUCCCCCAGGCCCCCCUGGCCCUCCGGGUGAAAAGGGACAAAUGGGCUCGAGUUUCCAAGGACCCAAAGGCGACAAGGGUGAUCAAGGGGUCAGUGGGCCUCCGGGAGAACCAGGACAGGCACAAGUUAAAGAGAAAGGGGACUUUGCCCCAUCAGGAGAAAAGGGUCAGAAAGGUGAACCUGGACUUCCGGGAAUGCCAGGCUUCGGAGAAAAAGGCGAACCCGGAAAGCCGGGGCCUCGGGGAAAGCCGGGGAAGGACGGAGAGAAAGGAGAGAAGGGGAGUCCGGGCUUUCCCGGCGAGCCGGGGUACCCGGGACUCUCGGGCCGAGCGGGUCCUCAGGGUGAGAAAGGCGACGCUGGACCUCCGGGCCCCCCAGGAAUUGUCAUAGGCACCGGGCCCCUGGGGGAAAAGGGAGAACGCGGCUACCCAGGAACCCCUGGCUCAAGAGGAGAGACGGGCCCCAAAGGUUUCCCCGGAUUACCAGGCCAACCAGGCCCCCCAGGUCACCCCAUCCCAGGGCUGGUGGGCCCUCCUGGCUUCCCCGGGGAGAGAGGAGAAAAAGGCAACCCAGGCUUUCCAGGCACGUCUUUGCCAGGACCGAGCGGAAGAGAUGGAGCCCCCGGCCCCCCCGGCCUCCCCGGACCCCCCGGGCAGCCGGGCCACACCAACGGCAUCGUGGAGUGUCAGACGGGACCGCCCGGAGACCAGGGCCCUCCCGGGAUCCCCGGCCACCAGGGGCUGACGGGAGAAAUGGGAGAGAAGGGUCAGAAAGGUGACAGCUGCCUGGCCUGUGACACAGCGGGACUUCAAGGGCCUCCCGGGCCGCAGGGGCCGGCGGGAGAGAUCGGUUUCCCAGGACAGCCGGGCGCCAAAGGAGACAGAGGCCUGCCCGGCAGGGACGGUCUCGAAGGACUACCGGGGCCGCAGGGCGCGCCGGGGCUGAUGGGCCAGCCGGGCGCCAAGGGAGAGCCCGGCGAGAUUUACUUCGACAUGCGACUCAAAGGCGAUAAAGGAGACCCUGGUUUUCCAGGCCAGCCCGGCAUGCCAGGGAGAGCUGGGUCCCCAGGACGGGACGGCCACCCGGGACUUCCAGGACCCAAAGGCUCCCCGGGCUCCGUAGGACUGAAGGGAGAACGUGGUCCCCCUGGAGGAGUCGGCUUCCCGGGCAGCCGCGGUGACGUCGGCCCCCCUGGGCCUCCAGGGUUUGGUCCGAUUGGCCCCGUUGGUGACAAAGGACAGGCGGGAUUUCCUGGAAGCCCUGGGUCCCCAGGUUUGCCAGGUCCCAAGGGCGAAGCGGGAAAGGUCGUUCCUCUGCCGGGCCCUCCAGGAGCCGAAGGACUUCCGGGAGCCCCGGGAUUCCCAGGCCCCCAAGGUGACCGAGGCUUCCCCGGAACCCCGGGACGGCCCGGCCUCCCAGGCGAGAAGGGCGCCGUGGGCCAGCCAGGGAUCGGAUUUCCUGGGCCUCCGGGCCCCAAAGGCGUGGACGGCUUACCGGGAGACGUGGGACCUCCGGGGACCCCGGGCCGCCCGGGAUUUAACGGCUUACCUGGCAACCCCGGCUUGCAGGGCCAGAAGGGCGAGCCUGGAGUUGGUCUGCCCGGACUCAAAGGACAGCCAGGUCUUCCCGGCAUUCCUGGCACUCCCGGAGAGAAGGGGAGCACCGGGGGGCCCGGCGUUCCCGGAGAGCACGGGCUGAUCGGCCCUCCUGGCCUGCAGGGGGUCAGAGGUGACCCAGGACCACCUGGAACUCAAGGCCCUGCAGGACCCCCGGGAGCACCUGGAGUCGGCCCCCCCGGGGCUAUGGGCCCCCCUGGAGGGCAGGGUCCCCCCGGCUCGUCAGGUCCUCCCGGAGUGAAAGGAGAGAAAGGUUUUCCCGGAUUCCCGGGGCUGGACAUGCCGGGUCCUAAAGGAGAUAAAGGGGCUCAAGGUCUUCCCGGCCUGACGGGACAGGCCGGCCUCCCUGGCCUUCCUGGACAGCAGGGGACUCCUGGCCUUCCGGGCUUCCCAGGUUCCAAGGGAGAAAUGGGCGUCAUGGGGACCCCCGGGCAGCCAGGCUCGCCGGGACCUGCAGGUGCCCCAGGAUUACCUGGUGAAAAAGGGGACCAUGGCUUCCCAGGCUCCUCGGGCCCCCGGGGAGACCCUGGUUUCAAAGGCGACAAGGGGGACACCGGACUUCCUGGGAAACCGGGAUCCAUGGAUAAGGUGGACAUGGGCAGCAUGAAGGGAGAGAAAGGAGACCAAGGAGAGAAAGGACAAAUUGGACCCACGGGCGAUAAAGGCUCCCGAGGAGACCCGGGGACCCCGGGAGUACCCGGGAAAGACGGACAGGCCGGGCAUCCCGGUCAGCCAGGACCUAAAGGCGACCCAGGAAUCAGCGGCACCCCGGGGGCCCCAGGACUCCCUGGUCCCAAAGGAUCGGUCGGUGGAAUGGGCUUACCGGGAACCCCUGGAGAGAAGGGUGUGCCUGGCAUCCCGGGCCCGCAGGGCCUUCCCGGCACGCCUGGAGAGAAAGGAGCCAAAGGAGAGAAAGGGCAGGCCGGUCUACCUGGCAUCGGGCUUCGGGGGCGGCCUGGCGAUAAGGGAGACCCGGGGCUGGUGGGCUUCCCCGGCAGCCCCGGAGAGAAGGGCGAGAAGGGCAGCACAGGGAUCCCCGGCGUGCCGGGCUCUCCCGGCCCGAAGGGGUCGCCCGGGAGCGUCGGCUAUCCAGGAAGCCCUGGACUGCCUGGGGAGAAAGGAGACAAAGGCCUGCCGGGGCUGCACGGCGUGCCGGGUGCCAAAGGAGAAGCAGGUCUCCCCGGGACUCCCGGCCCCACGGGUCCGGCCGGUCAGAAAGGAGAGCCGGGCAGUGACGGCAUCCCCGGCUCAGCGGGGGAGAAGGGCGAGCCAGGUCUACCCGGAAGAGGAUUUCCAGGGUUUCCCGGGACCAAAGGAGACAAAGGUUCCAAGGGCGAAGUGGGCUUCCCCGGAUUAGCAGGGAGCCCGGGAAUUCCUGGAUCCAAAGGCGAGCAAGGCUUCAUGGGUCCCCCCGGACCCCAGGGACAGCCAGGCUUACCGGGGACUCCCGGCCGCCCCGUGGAGGGACCCAAAGGAGACCGCGGACCUCAGGGACAGCCCGGCCUGCCAGGGCUUCCGGGGCCCGCAGGACCUCCAGGGCUGCCCGGGCUCGAUGGACUGAAAGGUGACAAGGGAAAUCCAGGCUGGCCAGGAGCACCGGGUGUCCCAGGACCCAAGGGAGACCCCGGGUUCCAGGGCAUGCCGGGCAUCGGAGGCUCUCCAGGAAUCACCGGCUCUAAGGGAGACAUGGGGCCGCCGGGAGUUCCAGGGUUCCAAGGUCAGAAAGGCCUUCCCGGCCUCCAGGGACUGAAAGGAGACCAGGGAGAUCAAGGCGUACCCGGCUCCAAAGGUCUGCCAGGGCCCCCUGGUCCUCCCGGCCCGUAUGAUGUCAUCAAAGGAGAGCCAGGGCUUCCUGGUCCCGAGGGACCCCCGGGCCUGAAAGGGCUCCAAGGACCCCCAGGCCCUAAGGGGCAGCAAGGUGUGACAGGCUCCGCGGGCAUCCCUGGGCCCCCCGGCGCUCCCGGCUUCGACGGCGCCCCCGGCCAGAAAGGAGAGACGGGACCCUUCGGGCCUCCCGGUCCCCGAGGGUUUCCCGGUCCCCCGGGCCCCGACGGGCUGCCAGGAUCCAUGGGACCCCCCGGUACCCCGUCCGUUGACCACGGCUUCCUCGUGACCAGACACAGUCAGACCACAGAAGACCCGGCCUGUCCUCCCGGGACCAAACUCCUGUACCACGGGUACUCGCUGCUCUACGUGCAGGGCAACGAGCGCGCCCACGGCCAGGACCUGGGCACUGCCGGCAGCUGCCUCCGCAAGUUCAGCACCAUGCCCUUCCUGUUCUGCAACAUCAACAACGUCUGCAACUUCGCCUCGCGGAACGACUACUCCUACUGGCUGUCCACGCCCGAGCCCAUGCCCAUGUCCAUGGCGCCCGUCAGCGGGGACAGCAUCCAGCCCUUCAUCAGCAGGUGCUCUGUGUGCGAGGCGCCCGCCAUGGUGAUGGCCGUGCACAGUCAGACCAUCCAGAUCCCGCCGUGCCCCAGCGGGUGGUCCUCGCUGUGGAUCGGCUUUUCCUUCGUGAUGCACACCAGCGCUGGUGCUGAAGGUUCCGGCCAGGCCUUGGCGUCCCCCGGGUCCUGUCUGGAAGACUUUAGAAGUGCGCCGUUCAUCGAGUGCCACGGCCGUGGGACCUGCAAUUACUACGCGAACGCUUACAGCUUUUGGCUCGCCACCAUUGACAGGAGUGAGAUGUUCAAGAAGCCCACGCCAUCCACCUUGAAGGCCGGGAACCUGCACACUCACGUCAGCCGCUGCCAAGUGUGCAUGAGAAGAACAUAACGCCGCCGGCUCUCUGCUGCGUCACAACAUGGUGCUACUCCUCCCCUCCUCCUCCUCUUUGUUUGUAACAGCAGUGAACCCCAGAUGUCCACCCCGUGUACCUCACUGUCCAGUAUGAAACCACAAAGUGCCUUAUAGGAAUUUGCGUGACUAACACACCCUGCUUCAUUGGCCUCUACUUGCUGGAGAAAAAAAAGACAACAACAAACAACCCCGACAACAGUAAGCUUUCCAUAGUGGCAUACCAAAUGGCACUUUUGAUGAAAUAAAACAUAAAUAACAUGGUGCAAAGCGGUGCACUGAUGUGUGAGGCGAGAGCUCCAUCAGAAAACCAAAGGUGCUAGGGGUGCGCGGUGCCUUCCGUACAGCUCGGCUGCCCGCCGUCCGCCUUGUGUCCCAGCAGACGAACCCCGAACCCCAGAUAGGGAUGUCUGUUUAUACCACUGUCUAUGCUUCACAACCCGGGUCUCUCGGUGUGUGCGAGGAAUAGCCAUGUAGCAUAGUUUCCCCCAACCUCCAGGUGGAACCCCGCACUCACCUGCCGUCCCUUCCAGUGCCCACACUUAGAUCUCCGUCUCCCCGCUCAGUGCGGCACUCCCGCCGCUCCUGUAGCUGGCCUGGCCUCCCUGUGGAACAACGGUGGUCCAAACGUAGUCAGAAAAUAAAGAGGUAAAUAAAUAUAUAUAUAUAUUAGUAAUUUAUAUAGAUGUCAGCAAUUAGGCAAGCCAAGUUCUAGGGUCAGUUCCACGGUUGAGUAGAGCUUCCCGAGAGCCCUUUUUUCCAGACGGCACCCCCCCCACCCCCACCCCCUCGUUGUGAGCACAGGGAAGCCACGCAGACGGGAGCAGCUUUCCUCGUUCCUUUCCAAACCAAAGUGAUGUUGCCACAGCCGGCCCGGGGCUCCCGAACAUGGUGCCUACCACGAUGAAAUGUGUACAUCGUGCUUUCUGUUUUUAUUCUGUAUUAAAACAUUUUCAGGGUUUUCAACACUAACCACAAACUGAAUGACUUGACCUCAAAGCAACCUUACAGGCCUCCAUUAGCUCCCUCAUGUUGCCUCCAGACUUGAACAGCAGCUCUGGUGAACCAAAGUACCCGUAUCUCCACACACGCACACACGCAGGCCGCGCUGAGGCUCCCGGCCGCGUCGCUGGGGGCAGGCGGAUCGCGCGAGGGCAGUCCAACCACUAUGCUUGAAACGACAUGUCACUCCAAGUCUCCAAA